CUUCUAAUCAUGACGACAACUGAUUCUUUAUUUAAAGAAACUUAGGUAGAACACAAUACGACAAAUCCGAAUAAAACCCGAGCCUUCUUCACUUUGUACUCUUGUAGCAUUCAUAAUUAAAAUCGCAUCUUCCAAAUAAUCAAUCCUGCGACAAGAAGGAAAGCAUGGCUGAUCAAGCUCGCCGGCGUCGAAAUCGCCCGGACAGCAAGCAGAUGUGGGAUGAGUCCGAACGCCGCAACCGCCACGAACCAGACGCACGCGACAAGAAGGACGAUCGCGGUCGGGAUCGAGAAGACAGCCACCGCGGCAAAGAUCGUCGCUACCGGUCCAGAUCGCGAUCGCCCCGACAAGACCGCCGCGAAAAGCACCGUGACCGUCGCGAGCCCGAGAGAGAUCGAGCUCGAGACAACGAUAGAGGGUGGGCUAAAGGGAAUGAUUACCACGAUAGGAGGGGAGGGGGUAGGGAUAGGAGACGCGGUAGGGAUGAGGGCGCAACUAGAGGCCCAGGUCGGGACCGAAGCCCACGGCGCUCUGCAUCACCCACUCGAAGUCCAGCCAGCAAGCUAGACCGCAACACACAUUCGCAUAGCAACUCUCCGCUGCCAACGCGACCACGCCCCAAUAACAGCAAACCCGAGGCUGGCGCAUCAUCGCUACAGUUCAAAGUCGGUCCCAAACAUCAACCACAUGAAGAGGAAGCUUCCAGCCGCGGUAGCGGUAGUGGUAGUAAGAGCGCAAUGGGGAGAAAACACGACGCGCAGGAAGAGCCGGAGGACAGUAGAAGGCAAAGGACCGAGACACCGGAUAGAGGAGACGCUAUGGACGAAGACAAGGAGGACGAUGAUGAUGUGGUGGUGGAAGAAGAUGACGGUCUUAGCGCGAUGCAAGCUAUGAUGGGCUUUGGCGGUUUCGGCACGACGAAGGGCACGCAUGUCCUGGGCAAUAACGCAGGUGCUGUGCGUAAGGAGAAGAAGACUGAGUACCGCCAGUACAUGAAUCGCGUCGGCGGUUUCAACCGUCCUCUAAGUCCGACGCGGCAAUAGAUUCUUUUACGUUAGUCUACGUGGGAUAGGAGAAACAUGAUGUGGAGAGGAAGAAGGUGGAGAGGAAGGAAGAGAAUUAUUCUUCGGCCAAUAUGCCACUGAAGAUAUUGAUAUUAAGAUAGAUCAGUUAUGAGGAGCGGCGGCUAGGUUGUUUACUCUUAAUUCGAUACUCGGUUGCAGUUGUUAUACCAAGGAGUCUGGUUUUAUAUAAUAAUAACGUGGGACUUGGAUUUGCUAUACCCUAUGUACGUAUCGAGUCAUUAAUUAAGACGAUUAUUUUGAUAUAAAGUGGAUUAGACAACCUCUUUCCCUAACAUUUCUUAGAAGCCUGUGUCUUUGUGUAUAGGUACCUAGUCAUAAUAGCAUUGUCAAGCCUAAUACCACUUUUCUUAUGA